AUGGAGUCUUUAAUAAUUAACGACGAUGAUGCUUCGGUCGAAUUGAACGAAAGGAGUAACGUCGCUCACAAUAAUAAAGUUCCUACGAAAAACCUAUCUUCUAUCUUUUCGACGGGUCAAAUAAAACCGGGUAACUAUCAGGGAACUUCGAAACUCUUAGAAAUCCACGAUGUGCCCAAAUAUUUGCAAUUUAAUCCCUACAUACAAACGGGAUACAGGAAAAUGCUGUCGACGAAAGCAUCCAUUAAAAGUUUGUUUUAUUUUCACAACGAGACCAUCAACAUACUUUCGCACGGAUUUCCGAUAGUUUACAUAUUAUGGACGGUGCCAUCAUUGAUACCAUGGGAUAAAAUAAAUUCAACAUUCCUACCGAUUUGUCACAUCGUAGGAAGCGUGACGCCUUGGGUCGGAAGUUUCCUGUACCAUUUAUUCAUGAAUCACACUCGAGGAGAAAAACUUUACAGGAGGUUGUUGCAAGUGGACAUGAUAGGAAUAUGGGUGACACAAAGUUUCGGGGCUUUGCCCAUGGUCUGCACGACUUCAUUUUGCUUUCCCUGGAUCAUCAAAUGGUUUGUAAUAUUGUCUUAUUGCCUUAUGUCGGUGUGGGGACUUCAUAAGGCUGUGACUGCUUGGUCUCCAUGGGAUAGGCGUAUGUGUUUCGCAUUGCCUUUUAUAACUAGGCUCGGAUUGACGUUAUUGAGAGCCACCGGAAUCGGCGGUGGAGAUUCCUCCGUUUUAGGAAGCGUUUUCUUACAAGAUUUUGUAUCGCUCGUGGGUGGUAUAAUCGGUGCCAUAAACAUACCGGAAAGAUGGUUUCCAGGACAAUUCGAUUAUUGUUUCAAUUCUCACAACAUAAUGCACGUUUUGGUCGUUCUCGCCGUUUAUUACAUGCAUCACGCGACGGUUGCCGAUUUAAAAUGGAUGGCAACGGUUGAUUGCGGCGGCGGAGGUGGCGCCGGUGGCGGUGGUCAAUCUGGAAAACACGUCCGAUGA